CCGGACACGCCUCUCCUCUCCUCCCUCCCCAAAGCGGAAGUAAAUGAUGACACCGUUCUCUCAUGUGUCGACAGAUUUAAUUUAAUCUCUGUUUUUGGCUCUGUUCAAUUUCAGUGAACUUUUAACGGUUCGGUACAUAGCUUAUUGGACAAACGUGAUAUUCUCCAAAUCAACCGCCGUAAACCUCUAGAGGAAGAAGUCACCCACUUUCAGUGCCGAGUGCGAGCCGGUCAAGACCCUUCAGCUGAAGUUAGAUCUGAAAGUUCUAGAAAGUUAGCUCCAUGUUUCGUUUAGGGACGUUUCUGUUCAUUACGGCUACUUUGUAUUCAGCUAUUUUUGCUUCAGACGUUCGAGAGCUGAAAGUGAAUCCUGGAGACACUGUUACUCUACCAUGUUUGGAUCCCGGGCACACCACCCUCCAGAUGUUACAGUGGAGCAGGCCUGACCAGCUUUCACAUGGGUAUGUCUACUUUUACCGAGAUGGCCACCUGCUGGAACGCUACCAGCAUUCAUCUUAUCAUGGUCGAGUGGAGGUAAAGGAUCUGGGGAUGAAGGAUGGAGACUUUUCUCUGAUCCUGAGGAACGUCUCCAUCAACGACACUGGAAAAUAUGAAUGUCGAAUUGGAAGGGGCACUUCAGGACGGCGAAAGAGACAUGACCCUGUACUCCUCUCCACCAUCAACCUGAAGGUUGAUGACUCAGGCCACACUGAUGGAAAAACCUGGGAUGGAGCAGACAUGGAGGGAAGAGCCAAAGAUGGAGGAAAAUCAGAAACGGGCCUCAGAAACGGGCAAGGGCAUGUUAGACCGUUAGUUAGUCUGUCAGUUACUGUAAUUGUUGUGGUUGGCCUGAUCUUCAUGUAGAAGAGACACAUGAAGAAUUCACCCAUCCCUCCUGCUGAUAAAGCAGAUGACCAAUAGCUGAUCUGAAAUAUAAAUCAUGCAUGGAAAAGGGACUGCACAUAGUGGCACUUUUCAUCUAAAGCAUUUUACAGUAGCAGACCAAUCAAAGUGUAGCUGUAACUCUCUGUAACAGGCUUGGUAUUAAUGAGGUGGUGCUCACUGCCUGGUUUUCUCCACACGUGCCAUUGGGAAUUGUCCAUUGGCCAAAUAGUUCAGUCUUUAACUCAUCGCACCAGACAACAUUGCUUCUCGUGGUCUGAGAGUUGUUGAGGUGGCAAACUCUCAGCAAGCUGUUGUGUGUGUGUGUGUGUGUGUUUUUGAGGAAUGACUUCUGUCUAGCCACUCUACCAUAGAGGCCUGAUUGGUGGAGAAUGAUGGGGGCUGCUGUGCUCUUGGCCAUUUUCAUUGCAGCAGAAAUUUUCUUGUGUCCUUCCUCAGAUCAGUGUCUUGCAGGUCUAUGGACAAUUCUCUCCUCUUCAUGGCUUUGUUUUCAACUGUGAAACCUUAUAUGGACAGGUAUGUGCCUUUCCUGUUUACAUCCAUUGAAUUAAAUUCAGCUCCAGUAGACUUUAAUCAAGUUGUAGAAGCAUCUCAGGGACUAUUGGUAAGAGUAGGAUCCACCAGAGCUCAGUUGCAGUCAUCAUAACAAAUACUUGUGUAAAUGGGAUGUAAAAUACUUGUGUAAAAGUGUCUGAAUACUUUCUGAAUCAACAGUAUUUAUAUUUAUAAA